GCCAAGAGCCUGCCAUUUUGUAACACAGAAGGGAGAUAAAAAAUAGUUUUAUGGUCUUAAAAUUCUACAAAAACUCAGUUGCCAUUUGUGUUAGGGCCCAAAACAAAUGUUUAAAUGGACGCAUCGUCCAUUAUAACUCAGGUGUCACGGGAUGACGAACAAUUAAAUAAUUAUGGCUCCGACAGAGGACCAUCCCCUGGCAGUCAAAAUAAUGAUGGGGAUGGAACGCCUGUUUCUGGGUCUACCCCUUUGGGAAGUAAAAAAUCCAGUGGUGGUGGUGGCUUCCUUCGAUCAUUACUAUGUUGCUGGCGGGGCGGUCGAGGAAAAGGUCCUCCUGGAGGAAAUGGGACGAACAGCAUCGACGGCAGGGCCUCCCCUCCUCUCCUGGUCAUGGCAGACCAUGCCCCCAGGCCCUUAUUGCCACCAGUAAGACAUCAGGAUAUGCAUAAAAAGUGUAUGGUUAUUGAUCUUGACGAGACUUUAGUACACAGCUCUUUUAAGCCUAUAAACAACGCCGACUUCGUGGUCCCUGUGGAGAUUGACGGCGCUGUGCACCAGGUUUAUGUUCUGAAGAGGCCGCACGUGGACGAGUUCCUGCGACGUUGCGGCGAGCUUUACGAGUGCGUGCUGUUCACUGCUUCGCUCGCCAAGUACGCGGACCCUGUGGCCGACCUUCUAGACAGAUGGGGCGUGUUCCGGGCGCGGUUGUUCCGCGACAGUUGCGUGUUCCACCGCGGCAACUACGUGAAGGACCUCAACAGUCUCGGGCGGGACUUGCGUCGCGUCAUCAUCGUUGACAAUUCGCCCGCUUCAUACAUAUUCCAUCCAGACAACGCUGUGCCAGUUGCAUCAUGGUUCGACGACAUGACAGACUCGGAAUUGUUAGACUUGAUACCGUUUUUCGAGAAACUAAGCAAGGUGGACAGUGUGUAUACAGUGUUACGCAACUGUAACCAUCCGUAUCACCCCGCUCAGGGCUCGCCCACAUAGCCGCACGCCCCGAGGGUCACGCCCAACUUAUCGUACUUCGUCAUAAGUGCCAAUUUUGCCUUCUCGAUAGUGAGGACUUUACUCAUACCUAUUAUACGAUUUAGGUAUUUCUUAGUGCGUAAGAGGUCCGUAUGAUUUUGGUGAUGUCUCCCAGGCCCGGAUCUAGGGGGUGGGGAAGGGCACUCACAAAUCUUUGUAUACAUAUAAAGGCUCAUAAUCCCGGCCUCAUGGAGCGUGUGGGGGAGGGGUAAAGUAAGGGCGCUAUACGAAGAUUUUGUCCUGGUUAAAAAAAUAGUAGAUCCGGGCCUCCUUUUUCUCUAUACGUUUAUUGCUUCCCCGGUUCGCUUGCGGUGUCCGCUUGAUUGCGGGCGAAAUGUUCGGUUUUAUAACGUACAUUUUAUUGUAUAAUUUGACGGUUUUUUUGAGCGCUUUUUGAUUGUUUAGAUACUGUCACUGUCACUUAAUAAAAUCGAUAAUUGAAACUAAUGAAUUUGAUCUUAAAGCGCUUAAUAGAAUUGACAGAUUAUAAAUGUCACUUUAUAUCAUGCUUGGGAACAAAUAUGAAUAAGUUAGGGUACAUAGUCGACUCGUUCGUCCGUUUGUGAUGAAUGUUGUUCGUUAGACUUUCCAGUGUUGAGCCGCAAGUGUUUAGGACUCUGUCCGCUUCCGCCGUGCCCCAGUUACUAAACAGUUAUCGAGUUUAUAAAUAAAUCGAUCGAUUUGUGUAACAUUCGAGAAAUAUUCGACUGGUAUUUUAAAGUACGAGUGGAGUUUUCCAGCUCUAUAUUAUGUAAAUAUUUUAUUUUGUUUUUUUUUUUUUUAUAUUUCGAAAGUGCGACGCUUGAAUCGUCUAGGAAUUUGACUAAUGUGAAUAUAUACGUUGUACAUAAAAUAUUAUGUAUUAUAAAAAUGGUGUAAAAUCAUGAUGGAAUCUAGAAGGUAAGGUUUUUAGAAUCGCGCACUAUGAGCUAACGAUGACGUAGCAUUGUUUCAAAAUAAAUGCAUACUUUAUUUGCAGUUAAAGCUUAAAUAUUAAGUAAGUUUUAAUAUGUUGAUCAGUUCUUUUUUAAAUAUUUAUCAUUUGAACUUGAACGUCAUGCAGCGCCCUUAAAAAUUUAAAAGCAUACGAUUUUUUUUUUAUCAACGAAAAUGUUUCACAGUGAUAUUGUUUCACGCUUAUAGCGCAAUAUUAUGAGCGUAUCCAUCUAUGGACUCUGUUUAUUUAUCGUUAAAAGGUUUAUUUGUUUAUAUAACUUUUCGUCGAAUGCCACUAAUUUUAUUUAUUUAUCGAUAAGACAUGCGGAGUGUGGCAGUUACUGUGGUACAAUGAAAUAAAUAAAUAAAUAAUGUUAACCGAUGACCGACCAAUGAAAAUGAGUUAUGAGUUAGGUAAAUUAUCACAAUAGAUUAGGCAUUUUAAAACUAAUUAUUUAUUACUAAGGGAACUUUUCUUUGAUAAAAAAACGUAUAUCAGCGCCAUCUAUUAACGCUGAAAAAUAACCUAGCCGUGACAUAUCUUAAUCUGAAGUUUUUCAUUAUUAAAAAUGAUAUUUAAAAGGUCAACGUAAAAGCUGACAGUAUAUUUUGAAACAGUGUUACUUUUAAGGUUUGUACACAUUAGAUAAUAUGUAUCUUGUAUAAAAAUCUAGUGUACAGAGAUUGAGUACCAUACAUAUUUUCCUUUAUCCAUUGCAUAUUGGUGACAAUAAACAAGUCAAUCGCGUAAGUGUCAUAUGAUUUUUUACUGAUGUAAUAAAUUUUAAAUAUAUGUUUUAAUUAUAACAAAACACGGGUGAAUGUAGUAUCCGAACAACUUGGCAUCUAGUGUAUAAUGUGAUUAUUGCGUGGAAGAAUGCUGGUAUACUAUCUACUCCGGAUUAAAAGUCAAUAUUGAUCCUUAUUAAAAAGGAACAGGGUUGUAUUAUUCGAUGACGAACAAUAAAACUUAUAACCUUUCAAUAUUAAAUAGGAUACAAUUAAUAUUUGACGUGAAUAAAUCAUGUUAAAGUUUCUUUAAUUAUAUAAAAAUAAAGAAGACUGAAAUGUCUCCACUAUGAUGCGUUUUAGUAGAAAUAUCUAAUAAAUAAAAAAAUCCCCAAAGUCC